GCCAAGAUAGCGUUCGCAAAACUUGUGUUUGUGGCUUAAAAUGUCUUUUUGACCACGCCGAUUUCAAAAUUUGGAUGAGUUUUUAUAUGGACGAGCCUCGUAGAAUUGUGCUUCAAAGAUCACAUCGAAAAUGCGUGAAAAAUUGAGCAGAUUUUGGAGGAGACCCAAGGCGUUUUGACCUAAUGGAAAAUAUAGCGACAUUCUGACAUUACCGCGUCAAGUUCGCUUGAUUUAAACAUUUAAAAUCGCAGUAUUUUUAAGUGAGUUUUUGAUUUUGCCGUGCAAGACGUACAAGGAGGAUGGCGUCCGGCCACAAGGCCGUUCCACCGAUGCCAGUUCUCACGCAUUUGACAGAAGAGGAAAGAAAUAUAAUACAAUCCGUCAUAGAGAGGCAGAAAGCUUGCGAUGCUGAAACUCACAAACUGCAAAGAACGCUCGCAAGAGAGGUGGAAACGUUUCAAAAUAAACUUGAGAUAAAGAGUAAAGAGUCGCCUGGAAAUGAACCCGAGAAAGAAGCGAAUUUGUGCGAGCUCUGUCACAAAACAAAAUUCGCAGAUGGGGUCGGGAAAGCAUGCAAGUAUUGUAAGCGUCGUGUGUGCAGCAAUUGCGGGGAUAAUGCGUCCUUUCCUACGAAAAAACAGGGAUUUUUAACUUCGCUUAUACAAGAUUUUAAACAACUCGCUCUUGGUCAAGAGUCGUCAUGGGUUUGUGUUAUUUGCAAGAAAAAACAAGAGUUGCUUCUCAAGACCGGGGGCUGGUUUAGUCCUGGUAACGACCCUGAGGAGGCGAAUCCAGCAGAGACAAUUGAAAGCCUUCUUCAUGACGGCGCUGGUCGUAGGCACUCUCUUCAGGAGAAUGGUCCAGUUAGGUUGAACAGCUCACUGGGAAAAUCGAACUCUUUCGAUCAACAUGACAGAGAAAGGGGUGCUUUUACCCCUAGGAGUCCCCGAGGAGCACAAGGUGUACGUAGGUUACCUGUGUCACCCCGCACUAACCCCCAAUCAUCGAACUAUAGCGGGUAUAAUGGCUAUGGUAACACGCGUACUGGUUUCAACGCUAGUCCUCGGCCGAGUCCUCGAACUCAUCCGUUAGCCACUCGGCCAUCGUUGUCGGACGAUGACGUAGAAAGCCCGCCUGGAAGCGAACACGGGGAUUUCUCGCGAGACUCUCACGUGGGCGCCACGAAAGCUACAAAUAAAAAAGUAAGCUUUCGAGAUGGACACGAUGAAUACAGACCUACGGGAUUGCGCGGGAACCGAGCUGAGAAUCCGGGAAGAGAUGAACUACUGGGGUCUGGGGCUGGUUCGUCAAUACGCUGGUCCAAACCUGACGAUGAUGGAAAAUGUUUAGGCGUGGUUCAACUAAAGCGAAACAAACAGAGAUCAUUUCAAGACAAUGAUCCGUACUCCGUUUAUGGCUUAAAAGUUGUUGGUGGCAAGAUCUCUGAUAACGAUAAGCCCGGAGCAUUCGUGACAGACGUAGACGAAGGGAGUUCUGCUGAUGUGGCUGGGUUGAUCCCAGGAGAUGAGAUCGUAGAGUGGAAUGAACAAUCUCUGGUUGACUGUACCUUUGAAGACGUCUUGGACGCCAUUUCUAAUUCCCAAGAAAGCCCAGAUCUUCACGUGGUUGUUUCAAGACCUAAAAACAAGGUUCCGUCGCAAGGUCAACUAACUGAAGAUACUUCACGCGUAAACAUGAAAAGCAACAAUCGAUUAAAACCAGACAUCAAUAACCAACCAUUUUGGCAAGAUUCUUCCAUGGGUCCUCAGUCGACAGGCAAAGAAAACCAGAGCCAAGCUUUAAGGGAACAAUACAAUCAAGCGUCAAACCACAAUAUCAGUGGAAGAAUACAGGUCAAGCUGCAUUAUGAUCAUGAAGCGGCAAAUUUGACCGUCACGAUAGUCUGUGCCGAGGGUCUUUCAACGCGUGGAGACACGAACCAACUUCCAAGCCCUUACAGCAAGGUGUACCUACUCCCUGAUCGCAGUAUGCAAAGCAAACGACGAACAAAAACAAUGACAAAAUCAGCGUCUCCAAGAUGGAGUCAGUCGUUCGUGUAUCCCUGUCGACCACAGAAGUUUCAUGGUCGGUCCAUUGAAAUAACCGUGUGGGAUUACAAGAAGUCUGGAGAGAGUGAAUUCCUUGGAGAGGUUCUUAUCGAUAUGGCGAACGCAAGUGUCGAUGGUAGCCCAGCAUGGUAUCCCCUAUCUGCCCAUGAUGACUCGUUAAGUCCCCUAGGACCCCCUACGCCCACACAACCCUCCUCCUCGGGGAUUAGUAAACCCAAUGACGGUGGAGAUGGGCCCAUGAUUUUGGUGAACAACGAUCGUGGUUUGUCUGAACAAAUGGCGCGUGAAAACGCUGCCAAGCAAUAUGGCGACCGUCCGGCACAAGAUGAUGCAUCAGUGUACAGUCCAAGAAUGAGUCGCACUAAGCAUCACCAGGAGACUCAAAACUCCGGGAGGUUAUCGCCGAGUGGGUCUUUAAUCUCUGGGCGCUCUUCUCCUGGGGCUAAAAAGUCAAGAACUUUGCCUGGUGUGCCUUCCAGUAACCACCCUUCAGAACCGCCCCGUCGUAACAGUGAUGGUAACCUUUCGAAUGAUCGUUCCCAAUCUUCGGCGAUGAAUAUUCCAACGCGUGCUAGCAACGCUUCGCAUCAGCCUUACGAUCAGCUUUCCACGUCUCUUCCGAACGGUCGAGGCUCACACGAACCCAGGCCGAACAUGUUACGAGAUAUGGAAAAUAGCAGUGGCUACCUCAAGAUAGGCAAACCACACCUGAAAGGGGAACUCGCGGGCGGGCCUCUUAGCGGCAGGUCAAGUCGGUCGUCGUCAUUGGCGAGUGAUAGAAGCCCGACCGGAAGUGUUGGUAGUAUCACGGGCUCAAUUACAAGCACAGAGAGCAGUCAAUCAGUGUUGCAGGGGAGAAAACAAAUCGCUGAUCAGAAUUUAGAAGAUUUUGUCGAAGGGCUGGGACCCGCACAAAUGGUUGGAAGGCAGGUUCUAGCCUCGCCUUGCAUGGGUGAUAUUCAACUGAGCUUUUAUGAUCGCAAAGGUGUCUUUGAAGUUGAAGUCAUUCGUGCGCGCGGUUUACUUCCGAAGCCUGGAUCGAAAAUCUUGCCAGCGCCGUAUGUAAAGGUUUAUCUCAUGGAAAAUGGUAAGUGUUUAGCAAAGAAGAAAACUCGGACUGCAAGACGAACACUGGAGCCACUUUAUCAACAACAGCUUGAGUUUCGAUGUGAAGUUACGACAAAAACCUUACAGGUCAUCGUAUGGGGUGAUUAUGGUCGUAUGGACCGGAAAGUAUUCAUGGGCGUGGUCCAAAUUCUUCUAUCUGACCUUAACCUCAGUAGCAUGACCUUUGGAUGGUAUAAACUCUUUUCGACUGCCUCCAUGUGUGAACCACCGAUCUUCACACCUCCUACUAGUCCCAUGGUAUCCCCCAGCCAAGGUUUUACGCGUCAGACAUCGUCCUCGUCUAUCCAUAGCCUUCCCGCACCACACCGCAGUCGACAACCUAACAUGCACAAACAUUCUUCCUUGAGUCAGCUGGGGAACACGCCGUCGCCACGUGGACAGCCACGUGUAAGUAGGCCAAGAAUAGAGAUGAUUGAGGACGAAGGGGAUUAUGUGUGAUCUCGACGGAUUCGGAGUGUUUUGCGGGGUUACACUGUGUCGCUGACGUCAGGAUAUGCCCAUGAGUGUGUAUCCAGUUUAGAAAUUUGGGGGGAUAAUCGACUACAUUCACAAACGGUAGAACGCUAAUUUAAGCCUGUGGAAGAGAAUUAGUUUUCACUGUAGUUAUGGGGAAGAAUUCUAAGAUUUUCUGAGCUUUUCUCUUUCAACUCAAAAUGGACAGACUCGCUCUUGUCAAGGACAAAAUUGUCGGGACUUAUUGGUUGUUGUUAAAAUAAUGUGUUCAGUUUUUAAUUGUACGUCCAUUCUUGAAAUAUCGAGAAUUUUCUGUGGCAAUAGUUUGUAGGUUGACUGCUUUGAGAUGAUAAGAGUAAGAUAUGAAAUCUAGUUUUUAAAACUGUAUCUUCACAGGCCGUGGUAGGGCGGUUAUAGCUUAGUAUACGUCUGAACAAAAUGGCCUUAUAUACCUGCGGGAAACAGAGGCAUGAUAUCGAGGCUGCAGACACACAAGAAAAGGCUGUUUUAUUAAAUAACUCGUGUUAACAGACAAGCUUAAUCCCAACAACAGCUUUUAUUUCUUGCUGUGUCCUCUGUUUUCACGACGAACAUAAACUCGAUACAAUGUAUUUUAGCACGCGGUUGGCAGAUUUCAAAACAUGCAUGCUUUAAUCUGCGAGGACACGUUCUGUUCGCCUUGUCAUGCACAGUUUAUGGAGUUGAAAUUUCCUAGACGUGCUUGUUUAGAUUUGGGUGUUGUAUAUGGUAGCGAUAUUUAUAGUGUAUAUUUAUAUUGUAUUCUAAAGCACAGAGAUUUAAUAUAUAGAUAUAGGUUAUUUAAUGGUAAUUAAUUGUACGCUUGUGUCAUUGCUGUUGUGUGUGAAGAAAUGCUUUUUGU